AUGGCCCUGCAAUCAGAGACGCAUGUCGAGAUUCCCUGGUCCGACUGGGGACCCCAGCAUACGUGCUGCUUUCCGCAUGAGCGCAGCCACAAAAUCAGCGUGUUCGGUAGCAGAAUGGCAUAUACCCCUGAAGCUGGACAAAGACUGGAAAAACUCUCCCCUCAGGAUCACUUCUACGUCCAUAUCUGGGACUUCAAUAAACGAGCGAUUGCUCGUUUGGAGAAUUUCUACAAUCCCGACUCACCAGGCCUACUCAUUCGUAAACCUGGUAGGGUUUUCUUAGUUCGGACUGGUACUGGUACAGUCGAUAUUCAAGUCGUCUCCCCUGUAUAG